AUAUCAGUGAAACUGUUGGCAUACAAAUUGCAGCACCACCUGUAGAUGGAGAGGCUAACUCAGAAUUAGUGAAAUAUCUUUCAAAAGUCUUAGGUCUCAAGAAGUCACAAGUUACUCUAGAUAAGCUUUAAAAAUUUAUCAUUUCAGGGGUCCAAGUCGCGUAACAAGACAGUAGUAAUUUCUGGAGGAAACACCGAAGAAAUACUGCAAAAACUGCAAAAAGAGAUGGACAGUUCUUGAAAUCUUGUCAGUCAAUUAUCCUGGGUACCUUCACCCUGUAAGAUAUUUCACAUACAGAAUUUAUGGUGUUAAGCAUUAGUGUUGAUAUUUAAAUUCAGGCGUUUUAAUGCCAGAAGUCGAUUCAGAAUUAACGCUUAAUUUUGUAUAGAAAAACAACAACAACUUCACCAUGGAGACAAAACGUGAAAAGUUUUAUAUGAUGAACAGUAUGCUGUGUCUCUUGAAAGUGGUGGAAGGGAAGAGAACAACAGUAGAAAUGAGAGAUGAGAAAGAAGUAACGGGUGUAAUUAAACAUGUGGAUGGAUAUAUGAAUAUAAGCAUGGAAGAUGUUGUGUUUAAAUCAUUAACAGGCAAGAAAAAGUUUGAUAAAUUUUUUGUCAAUGGAAAAACAAUUCGCUAUGUGCAUAUACCAGAUGAAAUAAAUAUGAAAAGUGCUAUGGAAGCUAAGUUGAAAGAGAUGUGCACAUAUACAGCAUCUAUGCGGGUUCGGCAAGAAAUAAAAGACCAAGCUUGGGCAAAAUUAAAGCAGAAAGAACGAAGAGCUAAAGCGGAAAUUAAAAAAGAAAGAAAAUAAAAGUAUAAUGUUUUGAAUUCGCAGUUUUAUUUGAAUGUUUGCAGUCUUGAUAAGAUGAGCCGCAUCAUGAGAAAACCAACAUAGUGCAUUUGCGACCAGCAUGGAUCCAGACCAGCCUGCAUGUCCGCGCAGUCUGGGUAGGAUCCAUGCUGUUCGCUUUCUUAGUCUAUUGCAAUUAAAGAAAUUGUUGGCAAACAGCAUGGAUCCUGACCAGGCUGUGCAAAUGCACUAUGUUGGUUUUCUCAUGAUGCGGCUCAAAUGAAAAACAAGGCUAUUGUGAAAUUCAGAUUGGAGGAAUAAAGAGCGAAAUCAGAAUUCAGGACAGAAAAGAAAUAUAUGUUUGUUAUCCAGAAAUUUUAGUUUUGUAUGAUAUUGUACGAAGAGAUAAAGAUUAAAAUUAAAAUAGAUUGAACAUAGA